AUGUUGUUCCAAUCUAUCUCUAGUUUUCUUCAAGAAAACUACGUUGGAGUUAUUCUCACUUCAAUUGUCCUCGGGCUGGCCUCGCACGCAUACUACCAAAUCCUCAUCAACCCUCUCUCCAAAUUCCCAGGCCCAAAGCUCGCCGCCGCAUCCAGAAUACCCCAAUUCUACCACCUACUCAAGGGAGACAUCCGCGAAUGGGUUGUAGACUUGCACAAAAAGUACGGCGAUGUGGUCCGCUUCACACCAGAUGAGCUAAGCUACACAAAAGCAGAUGCCUGGAAGGGAAUCUACGGCCACACCGUAGGGGGGAAAAAACCCAUGGAAAAAGACCUUCGGUUCUACGGAUGGACUUUCAACGGAGCCCCGGAUAUCGUUCGUGCGAACGGACCAGAUCACGCUCGAUUUCGACGCAACUUCUCGCAUGCCUUCUCCGAUCGCGCACUCCGGGAACAACAAUCUUUGGUUUGUCAUUAUGUGGAUCUGUUGGUCCAGUCACUCCACAAGACAGUUGCAGAGAAUCCCAAGGCAAAGGUUAAUAUGGUUCGCAUGCUUAACCUGUGCACAUUUGAUAUCAUGGGUGAUCUGGCCUUUGGUGAAUCUAUUGAUCUGUUAGCUGGAACGGGUGACCAGACUUUAGUCUCGGCUGUUUUCAGUAGUUUGAAGACAAAUGCUUUGCGCCGAUUGGGCCGCUACUGGCCUGUGAUUGAGCCGGUGGUCAAAAAAUUUAUUCCAAAGGCUCUGGCCGUGCAGAGCACGCACCAUUAUCAGGCUUGUUUGAACCGAGUUGAUAAACGGAUUGAUAAGGAAGAUUUUGAGCACAAGCCUGAUAUUUGGGGUAUUGUGAUGAACCAGAAGGAAGAUCUACGCCUUAGUCGCCCAGAAAUGUACGCCAACUCGCAAACAUUCAUGCUUGCAGGCACUGAGACUACUGCCACUGGACUCAGUGGGUUGCUUUACCACCUCCUGAUGAACCCUGACAAGAUGGACAUAAUUGUCAAGGAGGUUCGUGAGACAUUUGAGAAGGAUUCGGAUAUUGAGAUGCGGGCUUUGGAACACAUGCCGUAUCUUAAUGCGUGCAUCGAGGAGGGAUUGCGCGUUUACCCUCCGAUUCCCCUUGGUCUUCCUCGCGUCACUCCUGAGGAAGGGGCGUUUAUUUGUGGAGAACAUGUCCCGGGAAAGACUUCAGUUUCUGUUCAUCAAUGGGCUGCCUAUCACAGCCCCAAAAACUUCAAGCGCCCAGAGGAGUUUCUUCCCGAGCGUUGGAUUGGCGAUGAAUUCGCCAGCGAUAACAAAGCUGCUUUCCAGCCUUUCUCGACUGGUCCUCGCAACUGCCUUGGAAAGAAUCUGGCGUAUCAUGAAAUGCGUCUUAUCCUGGCCAAGAUUAUCUACAACUUUGACUUUUCCAUUCUUCCUGAAUCUAUUGGUUGGAAUAAGCAGAAAACAUUCCUGCUGUGGGAGAAGCCCGAUCUGAUGGUUCAGCUUAAGGCGAGAGCUUGA